AUGUUCGGCUCCAGCCGAGGUGGCGUCCGUGGCGGACAGGACCAAUUCAACUGGGAGGACGUGAAAACUGAUAAGCAACGGGAGAAUUACUUGGGCAAUUCGCUUAUGGCCCCGGUGGGCCGGUGGCAGAAAGGCCGGGACCUCACCUGGUAUGCCAAGGACCGCGUGGGUCCAGUGGGCCUGAGCCGGGAGGAGGAGCUGGCGGCAGUGCGGCAGGCAGAGCAGGAGGCUCUAAUGGCAGCUCUAGGCUACAAGAACGUGAAGAAACAGCCGACAGGCCUGAGCAAGGAGGACUUUGUCGAGAUUUGUAAGCGAGAAGGAGCAGAUCCUGAGGACAAGGGUGUGGACAGGCUUGUGGGACUGGGGAGCUCCAGUGGCUCCGCCGGCCGAGUGGUGCUGUCCAGAGAAGACAAGGAAGCUGCCAAACUAGGGCUGUCGGUGUUCACACACCACCGAGUGGAGAGUUGUGGGGCAGGGACCUCCACAGCCUCUGCCAGGAAAAAAACGCACUCUGAGGAACACUUGGAAAGUGGCUCUGACAACCAUAAGAAAAGCAAGAAAGAGAAGAAGAAAAAGAAGAAGAAGAAACACAAGAAAGAGAAGAAAAAAGAAAAGCACCACAAGAGAGAGGUGGUUGCCUCCUCUGCAUUAUCUUCUGCUGGGUAG